GACUUGUUUGAACUUUUACAUACUAAAACUAAAAUUGAAUAGUAUCAAAGUUUAUCAAAAAAUAUUCCAGAGAGUUCCAUGCAACUUGAUACAUCUUUUAGAAAGGAUAAAACGGAUAUUUGAGUUUCAGCAUCGCACCUAAGCUCUAGUUCACAAAGAAGAUCUGAAUCUGAAGUGAUAUCUAAUCUGAAAUUUGGAUUAGAUUCGGUUACGCCAGAAGCUGUCUGACUUGCAGUUCACAAUAAACAAUCAAGCUGCUUGGCAAUGUCAAUUUUGCGGAUAUUUCGCUUGUUCUUUGCAUUGGUGUUGGCAAUCGACGCGGAUCGAAACCAAGGAAUAACUAAAGGAGAUUUAGCGGGCACCAAUAAUGAGUCUCCGUUUACGGUGGGCCUAUUGAUCUCUGCAAAAAAAAAGGCGUAUGCAUUCUGUGCGGGUGUCCUUAUUACACCGAGACAUGUAUUGACUAGUGCAAAUUGUGUUAUUUGAUCAGCUGUUCUUAUCCGGCUUACAGAACAUCUGGACUGGUUUGUAAAACACACAGAAGUUGUGGUAAAACCGUAAGGUCUAUGGCAUUUAAUGUUGAAGAGUAUUUUAAUUGAAAAAUUAAUCAAAAUCACGUUGCUGAUGAAAGUGCUUUUGCAAAAUGAAAAUUUGACGAUAUCGUUAAACAUAUUUGCAGCUCGAACACCUGUGCAAGACAAUAAAUUACUUUUUAAGUGAUAUCGAUAUCUAAUCUCAAAAUGAGUCGCAUAAAGCAGCCUGCCCUUUGUCUAGCGAUCAGUUUUACGUCAAAGUUUGGCCAAACAUGCAAUCGAUAUUUGGAUUGUUUUUUUUGCUGAGCACGGCGCUCGCUGUCUCAACAGAUCGUUUAAGCAGGAUCAGCAAUGGAGAAACUGCCAGUGCUCUCGACUACCCAUCCGCCGUUGGAAUUCUUAUAUCCGGAACAUCUUCCCAUACAUUUUGUGGAGGUGUUCUAAUAUCAACUAGAUUCAUUUUGACGACUGCAAGUUGCGUUUCAGGGACAAAUACUCUAACUGUACUGGCUGGUGCCAGUGAUAUGACCAAGAUAGUGGAAAUCAUCCCAGUGUUGAACAUUCCAUCGCACAUCAUCAUCCAUCCAAACUACAGCUCGUUCUUCAACCGGGACGACUUGGCCAUCGUCCAGCUUUCGCGUCCCGUCGCUUUGGGAGACUACAUUGGCGUAGCACGACUGCCCCGAAGGUACCACGUUCCUUUCACCUUUACGGGUUGGAACACGACCAUCGUUGGCUGGGGAAACACUGGCAAUCGGGACAACGAGCCCCUGCCGCUUCAGCAUCUUCAGUACGCCCACGGGGAUGUGAUUACCAACUUUUCCUGUGGCCUAUCGCACAGUUUUGUUCGCGAUGGACACAUUUGCACCUCUACGGACAACGGGGGACCGUGCGAUGGAGAUGAAGGAGCACCGAUUUAUUCGGAUGUCGACGGAGAAAAACUGGUAAUUGCAGUUCACUCUUUUCACUAUUCAGGAAUCAGAGGAUGCGAUCGUGGUCGAUCAGCAGUGAACACACGUCUCACGAUGUAUUUGGAUUGGAUUCAGGAAAAUACUGAUGUUGUUAUUCUACCUUAGUAUUAUUUUUUUAUCAAUAAAAAUUGUUUGGUGGCUUUUGAACUCAAAAUACA